AUGCCAUGCUGUGUGAAGCGUGUAGAUACUGCCAUGAUAGCACUUAACAUAGGCUGUGUGAAGUGUGUAGAUGCUACCAUGGUAGUACAUGAUGCCAUGCUGUGUGAAAAUGUGACUAUCAGAUCUUCAGAAGUCCCUGACAACAUGUUCAAUUUGACUGUGGUGGGAUGUGCUACGCUGGGUAUAUUGGACUCGCUGGCACCUCUUUCCCUGCGCUCCCUCAUAAUAAGAGAGGUGAAUACACUCAGCAUCUCUACUCAAGCCUUCCUCUAUGGUCUCUCCCGUCUUUCUUCUGUAGUCAUAAAGAACACAAACAUUCCUGUCAUACCCAGCUUCAGUUUUGGUGCCCUUGAGAGUAUCAUCAGCAUAGUCUUUGAGAAUGUUGAAAUAGGUACAAUUUCCAGUUAUGCAUUCUCAGACCUAAUGCACAUUAGUUAUAUGAAAUUUGUAAAUUCAAAAAUUGGUAAUAUGGAACGUAAUGCCUUUGGCAGAGGGAAAGGUAAAAUAGCAUAUUUUUCUCUUGAAGAAUCCUCCAUAGACAUGAUUCAUGAGCAUGGCAUAUGGCUGGAUAAUGCAGAAAUUUUUGAAAUAGACAAAUGUAACAUCAGAAAGAUUGUGAGCAAUGCCAUUAGAAUGAAACAUGCGGCCUUUUUCUACCUUACUAAAAGCAGUAUAGGCAAUUAUGAGCCUGGGGGUAUAAGUGGUAGAUUUUCUCAUGGUGUCAUAAUAGAUAGUGACUAUAUCAAUCCAGUGGCUCUUGACAGUGAAAAGCCCCAACCUCUAUUUGACCUCCACAAAUCAAAACAUGGCAGAAGCACUGUUGUACCCUUCUUUCACUUCACUAAUAACGUACUUCCACGAACUAUCCCCAGACAUGCUUUUUUCAUAACCGACCCAACUAUUAAUGUAGCUGUACCCAACAACAAUAUUGGGGAAUGCUCCUGCAUUCAUUAUAGGAACUUUCUUCAGUCACUACUACCAAUCCUAGAUAACUACAAUCUCAAUGUCCAUCAAGCUAUGGUGGAACAUGGAAUUUGUCUAUCAAACAGAGAUUAUUAUAGUAUUGAGUGCCCUAACCUGACUCCUCUCUUGUUUGUUGGAGUUUUACCUACAAACACUCUGAGUUCCUCCAUGGAAUCUGUAAUACAGCCAACUAUCACAACCACAUCCAGAAACUACUUAAUCAACAAACAACUUAUCUCAGACAGUCAGCCGACACACACAUCUUCAAAAGUUCAUUUAGAGCCCUUGGUGAACCCUGUGGAUUUGAAACUCGAGACCACCUCUCCUGUUCCUGUUUUGAACCAAUUCUCAGAACCUGAUUCAUCAAUCUUUCCAUCUGAAAUUUUGGCUUCAAAUACAGAGGAGCCACCAAAUAGGAUCCUCCCCAUCCUAACAGUGAUGGAAGACUUGAACAGUCUCGAUGCACAGACCAUUUGGAAUGAGAUCUAUGGGGGAGUAUUUGCUCUUCGACUUCGCAAACCCCUCCCAGAAACUUUCUCUAAUCAGCUUAGCAUGAAGUUCAGCAAGGCAGUGAGACCACUUGGAUUUCAGAGGUUUCAUAGAGGUAAACCGAUUUAUGUGUCACCACGAUAAAACUUUCAAGAACCACCUUUCUAUUUCUUUGCAUAAGUCUGAAUUUAAGAGAAUAUGACAUUGUGUCAUCUUCUGUUAAAAUACUGAAGAACUGAUAUUCUACAAACAUGAUUCAGUGACGAUGUCCAUGAAAUACAGUAUAUAAAUGUACACAAACUUAUUAACCACUUUCAAUGCCUCAUCUCUAAAUGUACCAUCAUUAAUGCAGAUGUUUCCUGUGACAUUUCACCCACAGUUGCUUUGCCUUUUUAGUAUUUUCUUCCUGCUUCACUUGUUUAUUCACAUCAGAUUGCUCUUUUUCUCUUCACAUAUUUUAAAUUUGUAAUUAUUACUGUUUACUUCCCCUCCACUCUGCCCUCUACACCUGGGCAUCCUACACUAAGGUAAAGCUGCUUGCUGCACACCUUGGUUCUUGUCUUAUUACCAUAGAAUCUAAGGUAGGCAUUGAUUAUUGCAGCUAAAAGACUUCUUAAGUCUUGCUGAAGCAAAUACAGUAUCAGUGGUCUUGGAUAAACACCAUUUUUAUGGUGUAUAUUGUUUAUUAUUGACAUCCAUUUACAUCACCAUAUGUGAAGUUUGUAAUAAUUAAAUGUUGGUCCUUGGCUUAUUUUGGCAUAAAUUAUAGUUAAGUAUGUCCAAUAUUAAGUGGGUUCUGCCACAGAGAAUGUUUUAGGCUGUGCAGUUAAGAAAAAAACCUAAUGACACCUAACUAUUAUUUGCAGAAAUGUCACUGUAUAUCUUUGUUUAAGUUUAUUAUGAAUGGCCAGGUGCAUUGUCUGACUCAAAUACUAACACUUGAUUGACUCUGACACAGAAUUCAACCCAAGAUAGGCAUAUUAGUUUCAGUAAUACCUCCUCAAGUAACAGUUUGUGUAAACAAAAAUUUAUCCUGUCGUGUUGAUAAGUUGUAAGUCUUGUACAGCACCUCAAGGGAGGUACCCCAGUGUCAGUGAAGGCUUCUUGAUCCAAGGAAUUGGGUUUGUAUUCCCCUUCCUUGGAUCAAACCUGAAUGCUUCCCAUUCUCUAGGUACUAUAAGACUCCUCUGCAUUUAGCACCUCUCCCAAUUACAAUAAAAUAAAUGUCACAUUAAAAUAUACAAAGCUCAAGUUCUGCUGAGGACCAACAUUCAAUAACAGCUGAAUACUCAUGUACAGCAGUUUAGAAUUAUAGAAUUGUUCACUGUUGUUUUCAUGAAAGUCAUUUCUUUACUACUUUUUCCUCCUCUUUCUCUUUCAGGCACUGUAUAACCCCUAUGGGUUUAGUGCUUUCCCAUGAAUAUAGUAAUAGUAAGCAAGAAAACCAUUAAACUUGUGCUGAUCAUUUUAUGUUGCAAGGUACACUUAAAGGUGGAGAUGAUGUAAGGAGUAAAAAAUCAGUUUCUGGGAUCAGGAGUCCCUCUCACCCUAUGACCUCUACCUUCACUGAGGCAUCAGUAAAGGUAGAGGUCAUAUUUAAAUAUUCAUCUACAAAAUAAUCCUGUGCAUACUAUGGGCUUCAAAUACAUUCGUCCCAUUGUAACUUUAAUUUUUCACUAUAAACCAUUAUUAUUAUUAUAAUCAAAAAAGAAGCACUAAGCCACAAGGGCUAUACAGCACUAUAAACCAUACCAUGGGCGGGGAUAGAACCCGCGAUCAGAGAGUCUCAAAACUCCAGACCGUUGU